UAUUUAUUAUCAUUUUUUGGAGGAAGUGUUUGGAUACUUUGAUCUUCAGCUCUUGCUGCCUCGAAAUUAUCCAUACUUGACAUCUGCUCCCAGAAGAAGAAGACUUCAGAAAAAAGACAGAAUCUAUCGGCGCUGAAUGGAUCAAGGAAGCAGGAUAGCAGGACCUCCAGAUGAGCUUCCCUGCAGACUGAUAGACAAAUCCAGCGGUAUUAAAUAAAUAAUCAGAGGCGGCAAGGUACACCAUGAGGCUGUGGUCAUCAGAAGUCACCGCUGGAGGUCCGAUCAAAGAAUAAUCAAUAGCGGCCACAUCAUCAAUUUUGGCUGUAACUGCACUGAAGACAUCAUGAAACUGCUAUUCCUAGCCGCACUGCUGAUGGUAUGGAUUCCUCCGAUGAGAAGUACACCUUGUAAGACGGUUGUCCGCGUGAAGCAAGAAGCUAUGCAGUAUGCUUGUCAGACCCAAAAAAGAUCUCUCCAGAACGCAUUUGGACUCAUACCAAUUCCUUCAGUUAUACAGAAGAAAAACACAGGACUAUUUGCAAAUGGAGGUCUGUUGGGCAUGGGAAGAUCAAUUGUAGGCAAUGCUCUUAACCUGGCGGGGAUAAAAAUACACAAUGUCCAACUUCCCGAAAUCGAUGUGAGGUUUAUACCAAAAGUCGGAGUAGAAGUUUCCGUAGACACCUAUAUCUAUAUCACGGCUAAUAUAGUCCUUGUUGGAGACAUUUCUAUCAAAGCCGGAGCCGGUGUUACUGCAGCUCUGAGGGUCUCUAGGACGGCCAAAGGAUUCCCGAUUCUUGAGGUUUCUGCUUGUAAGUCUGUAUUGGGAGACAUACAAGUCACCACAGGAGGAAUCGGUUUACUUCCGGGAAUAGUUGAUAUCAUUAAAGGACAUAUCCAAGCAAUUCUUAGUGACAGGCUCUGUGUAUCUGUUUCCAAUGUAUUCUUGGGCCUGAAUGCCGACCUUGGUCUACUUGUGGGUGUAAAGACUAUCGGCAAUGACCUUGGCAUGCAAUACAUUAUGCCUACCCCACCUGUAGUGAACAACGACUACAUCGACAUGGAUAUGAAUGUGGAAUACACCGUGCACGAGAAAGUUGUUGAUCUCCCAACUGGAAGCAAGGACUUCACACUCCCACCCAAUGCCGGUAACGAGAACUCGAUGGUCAACAUGGGCUUUUCACCAGACUUCUUCAUCUCUAUGUUUACAGCCUUUCAGACUUCCCAAGGAUUCAAUUUAGAAAUCACGUCAUCCUCUGCUUCUGUGGGUAGUUACCUGAAAACAUCUGUGCUGGGAUCCCAUAUCCCCGAGAUCAGCUGGAAAUACCCUCAGUCCCUCCCCGUGAAGAUGAAUAUCGUCCUCAGCCAAACACCUAUCGUCACUCUGAAGUCCAACCAGCUGUUAGUCCAGAUCAAUCCAUACGUAGAGAUGUUUGUUGUCAUGCCCGACCUACGCAUCCAGCAUCUGAUGACAGUCAAUGUGGGAACCAAUUUACUCGCCAAGCUGGACGUUAAAGGAGGAAAGUUAAAGGCCGCUCUAUCAUUGCAGGGAGAUCUUAACCUUGUAUUGGCAUCAGUUUCUUUUGGAAAAGGAAAAUGUAAUCCCUCAGUGCUGGCCGGGUACAUGCGCAAUGUGUUUGAGAAGGCCUACCUUAUCCAGAUUAACCAGGACCUGAGUGUUGGAGUGUCUCUGCCGUCAUUACCCAACGUGCACCUUAUCCAUGAGGUUAUAGAGGUCAAGGAAGAAUAUGCCGUCGUGUCAUGUGACCUUCAAUACGUCAAGUGAACAAUAGAAAUAUUCAUCUUCAGAGAAACAUUAUUCACGUAUAAAGCGAGAGCAGAAAUCCCGAAUAAAGCGUCUACCCUGAAUAAAAGGCUGUGCUAUGCUUCCUCAAUCAUUGCAGAGUAAAACAGCACUAAGCAAUAGUGUUGAGCGGCAGGGUCAAUAUUCGAAUUCGCGAUAUUUCGCGAAUAUAUGGAUGAAUAUUCGUCCUA